AUGUCUAUGCACGUUUCCUGGUUGGAAUCGCUACCGAAUGAGCUUAUAGAUGAGAUUAUCUCAUAUCUAUUGGCCACUUCUCCAUCCCACACCAGUAUACACCAACCCCCUAGUACUCGUAUUGCUAAAGGUGGAAAUCGAUGGCUUAAAAAUCUCUCGCGCUCCUCGUCCCGGAUCCUCGAGGUUGUGCGACCCCGACUCUUUUCGCAUGCCUGCUUUAACUUGACGGACGUCGAGGACUUUCUUUCUUUUGUAUCGACAUCAGACCUGCAUCGUCACAUCACGUCGAUCGUGGUGAGAGGGAGACACUCCCCAAACAAUGCGGAGGAUCCGUUUUGGUGGCGUCAGGUACUCCGCUGCCUCGAUCCGCAGCGUGUAACCGUCCUCGCACCCCCUUCGUUCAUUGGCAUGAUGCUGGGCGCCAAAAUCUACGACGGACAUAGCUGGGCCUUUGAUGUGCCUUUUCAGAUUGUCCAGCUUGAACAAGACUCGCACUCUGGUGCUUUUGAGCGAUUCCCUCAGAUGGAGGAAUGCUCAAACCUACUGGAAGCCCGAAGAUGGUCAUCGAUGGUGUUUAAUGAGUCAUCGUCCCUUAAAGUGUACAAUCACUACGAAUACUAUUUGUUUCAGGUCCCUUCGAUUUUCAGUAAAUGGGGCACCAUGGCAUCUAUCCGACCCCUCCAGGACCAGGAAUCUCUAUCUAACUUGUUUAAGAAUCUAUCAUCUUUCCGAUACACAGCCGUGUUUCCAUUCUAUAACCAUGUGAAGCUCGUGCUUAAUGCGGUGGAAUUGAUGACGAACUUACGAUCACUCAGUUUCCAGCUAGCGCCUUGUGCGAACGACAAGGCAACGGAAAUAGAGCAGCGAGGCUCGAUGGAUCCUAGCGAUCCAUGGAUGGAACUUGCCACAGGAUACUCUCUCAUCGCAUCUGCAGUGAAGGAUAUGGGUGACAAGGGCCCUCUUUGUCAAUUCACUGCGUGUGACUACUCUUUCGAUGCCCUCCGGACUGAGCUAUCUACCAUACUUGGAGAGGUGCUGGACGGCAGCGAAUGGGUGCAUGAUGGUUACGGUACUUGGAAUCGACAGGCUAUAGAUCCAUCCGAUUCAAGAAAUUGCUCGAUGGCGAUAGUCAAGGGUAAUCACUCCUUGCCUUUCCAUGUACAUCCCCAGCAAAAACCACAAUCAUGGAACUCUGCGUAG